AGUGGCACUCCUCCUCUGGAGAGCACACAGUCAGCUCAACGGACGAGAGUCUCACAGUAGAGCUCCAGCACACGAGCUAAUCAGCAUCAUUUCUGCCUGUCCCAUCCAGAACAGUUCACAGAAGGGAAAUACCAGGAAGAUAAUGACCUAAGAGUUGUCUUUUUGCAGUUAUUUGAAAUUCCAUAGAAAGACUGCGGAAUACAGCACUCUGAAUUCUGUAUUCCAGAGCUGUCUAUUCCUAUGCUUUUGUGGACAAUGGGGAAGAGUCGGUUGUUACUGUAUGCCCUCUGGGGUGUAAUGGUUUUUGGCCUAUUCCAAAAACUUGAAGCUCAGGAUGCCCCUGCGCCAGCCGACCUUGUACUCUUAAUUGACGGAUCAGAGAGCGUUGGAGCUGCCAACUUCCCCCUCAUCAGUGAUUUGGCUGUCCAAGUGAUUGAGGGGCUUGCCGUGGGCAGGGAUGCAAUCCGUGUAGCCCUCGUGCUUUAUGGUGCUGACCCUGACAUUCAGUUCUAUCUCAAUAGCUAUGACAACAAAGAGAGUGUCCUCAGUGCUAUUCGGAAGCUUAAGUACCCUGGCAGUUAUGAGGCAAAUCUGGGGGCCGCUGUGGAGGAGGUGGCAGACAGUCUAUUGGGCCAAGAUGCAGGAGGCAGGGCUGAGGAAGGGGUACCCCAGGUGCUGGUGGUGAUCAGUACUGGGGAGUCCACUGAUGAUGUCAGUCAGGCCGAGAGGGCCCUAAAGCAGGCCAGUGUGUACACCUUUGGCAUUGCUGUGGGUGAUUCUGCUACUGCCCAACUGGAAGCUAUUGCUACAGACAAAAGAUUUGUUCUGUCUGCUCCUGAUGUCAGAACAGUGGCACGCGUGGGUGACCAGAUACUGCAAUACAUUAAUGGGGUCGCCCAGCGCACCAUUGUGAUUCAAACAGAUUUCACAGAAGCUUUGGCUGUUGGGAAGAGAGAUAUAAUUUUCCUCGUUGACAGUAGCAUGGGUACCAUCUUAAUCAAUGCAGUGCGAGAAUUCAUCAAAAGGUUUAUUGACACCAUGCCAAUUGGUCCUGAUCAGGUGCAGGUCGGAGUGGCCAUGUUUUCCACCACCCCAAGAAUGGAGAUCAACCUCAACUCAUUCAGUUCAAAGGAAUCACUAAGCUCUGCCCUCGCAAGAAUAAAACCCAGAUCUUCGGUUGAAGUCAACAUAGGUGCUGCCUUGGAUUUUGUGAGGACCAACAUGCUCACAGCUGAGAGUGGUAGCCGCAUUCAAGAUCAAGUGCCACAGCUUGUGUUGCUCCUAACCAGUAAAAAAUCCAAAGACAGUGUCCAACAACCAGCUGAUGCCCUCCGUCAAAUGGGUGUUCUGACUUUGGCUGCAGGCUCCAAGGCUGCUGAUGAGGCUGAGCUCAGGCAAAUAGCUUUUGAUGGCAGUGUGGUUUUCAUGCUGAAGGACUUCAGGGUGUUGCUGCGCAACCCCAGAGAAAUUAUCUCCCCACUCUCUACAUUGUCUGGUAUUGUUGUAACAGAGGAUCCAACUGAAACAGGCACAGUUGUGGAUGUUACUACGGUCCACACCCAAAGAGUUGUCCGAGACAUUGUCUUCUUGGUGGAUGGAUCUAACUAUGUUGGAAAUAACCGGCAACCUGUGCUGGACUUCAUUACCGAAGUGGUGAACAAACUAGACGUUCGACCUGAGCGAGUGCGCAUUGGACUAAUGCAGUUUGCUGAAAGGCAGCGUACAGAGUUUAAUCUGAACACUCACAACACCAAACAGGAUGUGCUCUCUGCCAUCGCUCGGCUGAAAUUGAUGGGAGGACGUGCAUUGAACACUGGUGCAGCCCUACAGUAUGCCCUAGACAACCACUUCCAGCCCUCCGCUGGGUCUCGUAGGAGAGAGGGGAUCCAACAGGUACUGGUUUUAAUAACAGGAGGACCAUCUCAAGAUGAGGUCAAGAAGAUUGCAGACAGUGUAGCUUUAGCGGGUGUUUUGACAUUUGCUGUUGGAGCUGGCCAAGUGGAGGAUCGUUUCCUGAGAACUGUUGCUUUUGUUGAAGAUUUGGCAUACUACAGAAGGAAUUUUGCUGACUUGUCAAGUGUUGUUGAUGAAAUUAUGACACCACUGGUCACUGUUGUUGGGGAGACUGAUACUUCAGUAACAGAAUUUGUAACACCAAGUCCCUCUGGUGGAGAAAGGGAUGUUGCAUUCUUGAUUGAUGGCUCUGAUGAUGUGAGAAGUGACUUUCCCUAUAUCCGUGACUUCAUUUCCAAAGUCAUUGAGCCUCUGGAUAUAGGCUUUGAUAAAGUUCGAGUUUCUGUGGUCCAGCAUAGUGAGAGACCAACUCCUAACUUCUACCUGAACACUUACCGAACCAAAGAUGAGGUGCUGAGAGUUGUAAGUGGACUCACUCUGGCAGGUGGCAGAAGUUUAAACACUGGAGUUGCCUUGACAUUCAUGAAAAACACUAUCUUGUCACCAGCAAAUGGUGGUCGAGCUGGUCAAAAUGUUCCCCAAUUUAUGAUAGUUUUGACUGGGGGGAGAUCAAAAGACAGUGUCAGAGAACCUGCAGUUGCCCUAAAGACUGAGGGAGUUGUUCCUUUUGGUGUUGGAGUGAAAAAUGCAGACCCUAAACAGAUUGAGGCCAUCUCUCACAAUCCAUCAUUUGCUUUCAAUGUGAAGGAAUUCAGUCAGCUCAGCACUGUUCAGGAAAGGCUCAAGAACUAUGUGAACCUUCCAGAUCAAGAACUGAAGGUCUUUCUAGAGGAAGUUGAAUUGGAUGCAGCUCAAAGAGACAUUGUCUUUAUUCUGGAUGGGUCUGAUGACACCAGGGAUGCAUUUAAACAAAUGUGUCAGUUUGUUCAAAGAGUGGUGGACAAACUCAAUAUUGGGCCAAGCAGAGACAGAGUGUCUGUAGUUCAAUACAGCAGAGAGCCACAGGUCCAUUUUUACCUCAACACACAUGCCACAAAUCAAGACAUUCUCAAUUCAAUUGAGAGUCUGAAACACCAGGGAGGAAGUCCCCUCAACAUGGGAAGAGCCCUUGACUAUACCAAAAAGAACAUAUUCAUUGCCUCUUCUGGGAGCAGAAUCCUAGAGGGGGCUCCUCAGGUGCUUGUGCUUGUGACUGGAGGAAGGUCUCAGGAUGAUGUUAGAGCUCCAGCUGCUGCUCUGAAAAAGGAUCAAAUUGUAACAUUCAGUAUUGGCAAUCAAAAUGCAGAUGUUAUUCAACUCCAGGCAAUUUCAUAUACUCCUGGUCAUACCCUUACUGUUCCUCAGUUUGAUGACCUUCAAACCAUUGAACAGAAACUUGUAUCAUAUGUAAAAAGAGUUCCUCGUCAGCCCAGGAGGCUUCCACAAACUACAUCAGAUGCUGGAAAGAGAGAUGUUGUGUUUUUAAUCGAUGGUACUGAUGAAACAAAGGAAAGUUUCUCAGGAAUGCAGAACUUUGUUCAGACCCUGGUUCAGAAACUGAAUGUGGCACCAAAUAAAGAUCGUAUUUCAGUGGUCCAGUACAGUGAUGAUGCAGCCUUUGAUUUCCUUUUGAAUACAUAUUCAUCAUCAGAUGAUGUUAUAAAUAAUGUGAAACAUUUAAUUCAUAAAGGAGGAAAGCUGCGCCACACUGGGGCAGCCCUACAAUAUGUUAAGGACAACCUGUUUACUGCUGCUGCAGGGAGUAGACUUUUGGAGGGUGUGCCACAGGUUCUAAUUCUAUUGAACAAUGGAAGGUCCAACGAUGACAUACGUGGUUCAGUCAAAGCUUUGAAAGACACUGGUGUCAUUUCAUUUAGUAUUGGUACCACAAAUGCUGAUACGCUUGAGUUACAAACAAUAUCCCAUCAGCCAAACUACUUUUUCAUUUCUGAUUUUGAGAGCAUUCUUGAUGUUCAAGAGAAUAUUUUUGCAUUAAUAAACAGGCUAUCUUACCAACGACUACCAACAAUGACACCUCAGGUCUCUGAAUUUGUCAAAAGGGAUGUUGCAUUUCUUAUUGAUGGAUCUGAUGAUUCUAAAAUUGGUUUUGAGGGAAUUCGCAAUUUUAUCCAGAGGAUAGUUGAGAGUCUAAAUGUGGAGGAAGAUCUUGAUAGGGUGGCGGUUGUUCAGUACAGUCGGGAUCCCACAGCUAAUUUUUAUCUCAGCUCAUACUCAACCAAAAAAGAGGUACUUAAUUCCAUACGAUCUAUGAGGCACAAAAGUGGAAGGCCACUGAAUACUGGAGCUGCUCUACUGUUUAUUAAAGAAAAUAUUUUUACACAAUCCUCUGGGAGCAGACGUCAUGAGGGUGUACCUCAGAUUCUGUACUUAUUUAGCGGUGGUAGAUCUGGUGAUGAUGUCAGAACCAUUUCACAAAGUUUAAGAGAAAACAACAUAAAAGUCAUUACAAUUGGCACAAGUAAUUCUGAUACACUUGAGUUACAGACAAUGUCUACAACACCAGCAUAUGCUUUCUCUGUUCCUGACUUCACCUUCAUCAACAGCAUUGUCCAAAGAGUUGCCUCUGUUUUGACAAGUGGUGAUGAAAUUCCUGAGCAAUUUCCAACUCCUGGGGGCCAGACUUUGGACGCAGGAAGAAAUAUUGUGUUUCUUAUUGAUGGAUCAGAUGAUGCUAGAGAUAGAUUCACAGCUAUACGAGAAUUUGUGGCCAGUUUGGCAGAGACAUUUGAUGUUGGUAAAGAAAAAGAUAAAAUUGCUGUUGUGCAGUUCAGUAAUACUGCAGCAAUAAGCUUUAAUCUCAGUACAUACUCAUCCACUUCUGAGGUGGCAGAUGCUGUACGCAACCUCAAACCAAAAGGGGGAAGGCCGCAAUAUAUUGGCCAGGCUUUGCAGUUUGUUAGAGACAGUAUUUUUACCCCAAGUGUUAGAAGUCAGCAAAUAGGCCGUGUUAGCCAAAAUCUUGUGCUUGUGGCUGGUGGCAGAUCAAGAGAUUCUCCUCAUGGACCAGCUAACGCACUAAAGAGUAUGGGAGUAGCCAUUUUUGCCAUUGGUUCAAGGCUGACAGAUCCUAUUGAAAUGGAAGCCAUUUCUUCGAAGACAGAUUAUGCCAUUGCUGUUUCUGAUUUUCAUGAUUUAAAAAAUUUACGCCAAAGCCUCAUGACAAAACUUAUGGGUGAAAGACAAAAAGGAGAAAGAGAAAUCGAUGGCACAGGAUUUAAAAGGGAUAUUGCUUUUCUUGUGGAUGGUUCGGACAGUACAAGAAGAGGAUUUCCAGAAAUACGUGAUUUUCUGUACAAUAUUAUCACAAAUCUCAAUGUGGGCAUUAAUAAUGAUAGAAUCUCAAUAAUUCAAUACAGCAAUGUGCCUGUAGCAAAUUUUUAUUUGAAUUCAUUCUUAAGAAAGGAAGAUGUAUUGAAUGCAGUAAAAGUGCUUAGCCAUAAAGGUGGAAGGCCCUUAAAUACAGGCUCUGCCCUUCUGUAUGUAAAGGAAAAUAUCUUUAUAAGUGCCUCGGGAAGCAGGCACAAAGAAGGCAUCCCUCAAAUAUUAAUUCUGCUGACUAGUGGAAAAUCAAGGGACAGCAUUUCUGAAGCAGCCUCUGCUUUAAAAGAAAGUGGGGUGUUAAUAUAUGGAAUAGGAGGAAAGUACUCAGACUCUUAUGAAUUACAUACAGUUUCUUCUGAAAAUAAAAUGCUUUCAUUGGCUGACUUCAGUGAAUUACCAAAAAUCCAGACACAGUUAUUAGAAGCAAUGAAAGCCAUUCCAAGUUACAACAAAAAGGAAUUCAUAGCUGAGAGUGAAAGACAGAGAAGAGAUGUUGUCUUCCUAAUGGAUGGAUCAGAUGGAAAUAGGAAUGGGUUCCCAGCAAUAAAAGAGUUUGUGCAAAGAAUGGUGGAGAGAUUGGACGUAGCUGAGAACAGAGUUCGUGUUUCUGUUGUCCAGUACAACAAAGACACAGACGUCCAUUUCUAUCUAAACACGUACACGAAAAAGGAAGACAUUCUUGAACGUGUCAGAGAUCUGAGGCACAAAGGAGGCAGACCCCUCUACACGGGGGCAGGUCUCCAGUACGUCAGAGACAAUGUCUUUACAGCCUCCUCCGGCAGCAGGCGGCUGGAGGGUGUGCCGCAGAUACUGGUAUUGCUUAGCGGGGGAAGGUCAUCUGACAGUGUUGAUGCAGCAGCCUCCUCUCUGAAAGAGCUUGGCGUUUUGACCUUUGGAAUAGGAUCGAGGGGCUCUGAUAGCAGUGAAUUGCAGAGAAUUUCAUACGACCCCAAUUAUGCUCUGACCGUGUCCGACUUCAGUGAGCUUCCAAAAGUCCAAGAGCAGCUGCUGGCCUCUGUCCAGGCUGUUCCAAUUCCCAUCACUUCAACUUCACCACCUGUCACCGCUGUUUACACCACACCCAGAAAGGACGUAGUGUUUCUUCUGGACGGUUCAGAUGGCACUAGGAAUUCUUUCCCUGCUAUGCGUGACUUUGUGCAAAGAGUAGUGGAGCAAUUCAACAUAGAGGCCAACAGAGACCAUGUUUCUGUGGUGCAGUACAGUAGAGACGCAGAGGUCCAUUUCUAUCUGAACAGCUACACGACAAAGGAAGACGUUCUUGACCGUGUCAGAGGCCUGAGACACAAAGGAGGCAGACCCCUCAACACGGGGGCAGCUCUCCACUACGUCAGAGACAAUGUCUUUACUGCCUCCUCUGACAGCAGGCGGCUGGACGGGGUGCCGCAGAUACUGAUCCUGAUUAGUGGGGGAAGGUCAUUUGACAGUAUCGAUGCAGCAGCCUCCUCUCUGAAAGAGCUUGGCGUCCUGAUCUUGGGAAUAGGAUCGAGGGGCUCGGAUAGUGGAGAAUUGCAGAGAAUUUCAUACACGCCCAGUUAUGCUCUCUCCGUGUCCGACUUCAGUGAGCUCCCAAAUAUCCAAGAGCAGCUGUUGGCCUCUGUCCAUGAUGUUGCAAUUCCUGUCACUCCAACUUCCCCUACUCUGACCGCUGAUGACGCCAUACCCAGAAAGGACGUAGUGUUCCUGCUGGACACUUCAGAUGCCACUAGAAAUACUUUCCCAGCGAUGCGUGACUUUGUGCAAAGAUUAGUGGAGCAAUUCAACAUAGAUGCAAACAGAGACCGCGUUUCCGUGGUGCAGUACAGUAGAGACGCAGAGGUCAAUUUCUAUCUGAAUACCUACACAACAAAGGGGGAGAUCUUGAACUCUGUCAGAAGUCUGAGGCAUAGAGGAGGGAGACCCCUCAACACUGGGGCAGCUCUCCAGUACGUGAGGGACAAUGUCUUCACCGCCUCUGCGGGGAGUAGAAAACAAGCGGGUGUCCCUCAGAUUCUCAUCCUCCUCAGUGGAGGACGGUCAAGCGAUAACAUAGAUAUAUCUGCCUCUGCCCUGAAACAGAGCGGGAUCUUGAUCUUUGGCAUUGGCACCAGAAAUUCCAGCAGAGUGGUGCAGAGAAUUGCCAAUGAUCCUACCUAUGCACAGUCCAUCAAUGAAUUCUCUGACCUUCCCAGUGUCCAACACCGGUUUAUCACCUCCCUCAACAACAUGCUUAGUCAAGUCAAGCGGAUGACAACUACUGUGCCGGCUGAGCGAAAGAGGGAUGUAGUGUUCCUGCUGGAUGGUUCAGAUGGCACUAGGAGCUCUUUCCCUGCGAUGCGCGACUUUGUUGAAAGGAUGGUGGAGAGACUGAAUGUGUCUGAGAACAGAGACCGUGUGUCCGUGGUCCAGUACAGCAGAGAUACAGAGGCCCAUUUCUAUCUUAACACAUACUCAAGAAAGGAGGACAUUCUUGACACGGUCAGGGGUCUGAGGCACAAAGGAGGGAGACCCCUCAACACGGGGGCAGCUCUGCAGUACGUGAGGGACAAUGUAUUCACCGCCUCCUCUGGAAGCAGACGUGUAGAAGGUGUGCCCCAGUUACUGAUUCUGCUGAGUGGUGGAAGGUCAUUUGAUAAUGUUGACACACCGGCCUCAUCCCUGAAGGAGCUGGGAGUGCUUAUCUUUGGGAUAGGGUCAAGGAGCUCAGACAGCAGGGAACUCCAGAGGAUCUCCCAUGAGCCUAGUUAUGCACUCUCAGUGAGUGACUUUGCUGACCUUCCCGGUGUCCAACAGCAGCUUUUCAGCAACAUUGACACAGUAUUUGUAGAGGGCACGUCUACCACUACCACCACGAUCGCUGAUGACGCCAUACCCAGAAAGGACGUAGUGUUCCUGCUGGACACUUCAGAUGCCACUAGAAAUACUUUCCCAGCGAUGCGUGACUUUGUGCAAAGAUUAGUGGAGCAAUUCAACAUAGAUGCAAACAGAGACCGCGUUUCCGUGGUGCAGUACAGUAGAGACGCAGAGGUCAAUUUCUAUCUGAAUACCUACACAACAAAGGGGGAUAUCUUGAACUCUGUCAGAGGUCUGAGGCAUAGAGGAGGGAGACCCCUCAACACUGGGGCAGCUCUCCAGUAUGUGAGGGACAAUGUUUUAACCGCCUCUGCGGGGAGUAGAAAGCAAGCGCGUGUCCCUCAGAUUCUCAUCCUCCUCAGUGGAGGACGGUCAGGCGAUAACAUAGAUACACCUGCCUCCGCCUUGAAACAGGGCGGGAUGUUGAUUUUUGGCGUCGGCACCAGAAAUUCCAGCAGAGAGGUGCAGAGAAUUGCCAAUGAUCCGACCUAUGCACAGUCCAUCAAUGAAUUCUCUGACCUUCCCAGUGUCCAACAGCAGUUUAUCACCUCCCUCAACAACGUGCUUGGUCAAGUCAAGCCGAUGACAACUACUGUGCCGGCUGAGCGAAAGAGGGAUGUAGUGUUCCUGCUGGAUGGUUCAGAUGGCACUAGGAGCUCUUUCACUGCGAUGCGUGACUUUGUUGAAAGGAUGGUGGAGAGACUGAAUGUGUCUGAGAACAGAGACCGUGUGUCCGUGGUCCAGUACAGCAGAGAUACAGAGGCCCAUUUCUAUCUUAACACAUACUCAAGAAAGGAGGACUUUCUUGACACGGUCAGGAGUCUGAGGCACAAAGGAGGAAGACCCCUCAACACAGGGGCAGCUCUGCAGUACGUGAGGGACAAUGUAUUCACUGCCUCCUCUGGAAGCAGACGUGUAGAAGGUGUGCCCCAGUUACUGAUUCUGCUGAGUGGUGGAAGGUCAUUUGAUAAUGUUGACACACCGGCCUCAUCCCUAAAGGAGCUGGGAGUGCUUAUCUUUGGGAUAGGGUCAAGGAGCUCAGACAGCAGGGAACUCCAGAGGAUCUCCCAUGAGCCUAGUUAUGCACUCUCAGUGAGUGACUUUGCUGACCUUCCCAGUGUCCAACAGCAGCUUUUCACUAACAUUAAUACAGUACUUGUAGAGCGCACGCCCAUCACUACUACAGUAAUAGUUGAGUCCCAAGGACCUAAGAAGGACAUCAUCUUUGUGAUUGAUGGCUCUGAAGGUGUUGGCAGAGAAUUCCCAAUUAUCCAGGAGUUUGUGCGCAGCGUUGUGGAGAACCUCAAUGUUGGCGAGAACAAGAUCCGAGUAGGCGUGGUGCAGUAUGGAGAUUCCCCGUAUGCAGACAUAUACCUCAACUCACACAGGACCAAAGAAGGUGUCCUAAAUGGCAUUAAGGAACUCCGACAACGAGGGGGGAGACAGCGUAACCUUGGUCAAGCCAUUGACUUUGUUAGUCGUGAAGUCCUGGCUUCUGGACGUGGUGGAAGGAAACAGGAGGGAGUUCCACAGUUUGUUGUUGUGAUUUCAGGAGGAAAAGCAACAGACAAUAUAAGACCAUCUGCAACUGCACUGAAACAGUCAGGAGUUGUCCCUUUUAGCAUAGGAACAAGAGACGUGGAGACUCAGGAAUUGCAGGUGACAUCCUAUGUCCCCAGAUUUACCUACACAGUUGAAGACUUGCCUGGACUAUAUGCAAUUCAGGACACACUCAUCACCACCCUGACAGAGCUAUCUAGUGAGGAGUUAGCCAAAUUGCGCCCUGUAUACCCUCCAGAGACUGUAAUUCCAGUGCCAGUACCUCGUGGAGAUAAAAGGGAUGUUGUUUUCCUUAUUGAUGGCACAACAAAGAUGCGGAGUGAGUUCCCUGCCAUAAGAGACAUGGUUCAGCGAGUGGUGGAGAAGUUAGAUGUGGGUCUCGACAAUGUGAGAGUCUCAGUUGUGCAGUACAGUGAUGAUCCCAAACUGGAGUUUCUUCUCAAUGAGCACUCCACCAAGGAGGAAGUUCGCCAGGCAAUACGAAGAAUGAGAAGCAAAGGUGGCAAUCAGCUUAACACUGGCCAAGCCCUGGAAUACGUUUCAAAGAGCAUCUAUCAAAGAUCAGCCGGAAGCCGUGUAGAAGAGGGUGUGCCCCAGUUUCUCAUCUUGGUAACUGGAGGAAAGUCAAAUGAUGAUGUGUCUGGCCCUGCUAACCAACUGAAGUCAAGCCGCAUUGCUCCCAUAGCAGUUGGAGCACAUAAUGCUGAUGAAGAGGAGCUAAAAUUAAUUUCCUUUAGUCCAGAACUAACAUACACCAUUAGAGACUUCCAGCAACUUCCAAGAGUGGAGCAACAGCUUUUAACCAAAGUCAGUACCAUGACCAGAGAUGAAAUUUCGGCCCCCCCUACGCCUAGAGUCCCACUCAGUCUUGGAAGAAAGGACAUCAUCUUCCUCAUUGAUGGCUCUGAUAGUGUUGGACAAAGCGGUGUUGCUCACAUUCGUGACUUUAUCUUGAAAGUGGUUGAUCAGCUUGAUGUACAACCUGACCAAGUCCGCGUGGCUCUUGUGCAGUAUGGUGAAAGGCCUAAAACGGAAUUCUCUUUGAAUUCUCAUGACAACAAGCAAUCUGUCAUCUCUGCAAUUAAGAGAUUGCGUCAUAUGGGUGGACGCGGUGUUGAUCUAGCUGAGGCGAUAAAGUUUGUCAUUCGAAACGAGCUCCAGGCAUCUGCUGGGGUACGUCUAAACCAGGCUUCUCAGCAUUUAGUUGUGCUAACUGGUGGAAGAUCAACCUCCGAUGUAUCUACUUAUGGCCCACUUCUCAAAGGCUCUCGCAUCAAUUGUAUAGGAAUUGGUGCAGAAAAUGCAGACCCAAGACAGCUGGCACAGAUUACUACCUCUGCCGAUGACGUCUUGCAGGUUUCUGCUUUCCCAGAUCUUCCGAACAUACAGAGCGAGUUUAUAGCCAGACUUAAUGGAACAAUUAUAGAGGAGACUUCCACUCCCACUGACGAGUCAGAUUCUGGGCUCCCACAAGCCAAGGCUGCUGACAUUGUGUUUUUGGUUGAUGGCUCAAUCAAUCUUGGCAGGGACAAUUUUAAAGAGGUCAUGGAAUUCAUUCUUAAUUUAAUUGACCUUUUCUUCACUGAGAGAGACAAUCUUCAGAUUGGUCUAGCACAUUAUGCUACAGAUGUGACCGAUGUAUUCUACCUCAAUACUUACAAAAAUAAGGAUGACAUUAUUAAUGCCAUAACUCGAGCCGAGUACAAGGGAGGUCGGGAAAUUAAAACAGGCAAUGCCAUUCGCCAUGUUCAGAAAACACAUUUUGUCAAAGAAAGAGGCAGUCGGAAGGAUGCGGGAAUUCCACAGAUCCUGAUGGUAGUCACUGGUGGACGGUCAAGGGAUGACAGCAAAUCAGCGGCACUAGCUCUCAAAGACAGUGGUGUGCGCAUCUAUGCUGUUGGGGUGGGUGAUAUUGAGGAUGAGCUCAACAAUUUGGGCAGUGAAGCUACUACAGUGGCCCGAGCCAGCACCUUCCAAGAACUCUCUGAACUGAAUGAGCAGAUUUUGGAAACACUGGAUGAUGAGGUGAAAGGAAUAGGACUGUGCACUGGAGUAAAGGUUACCACAAGAGAAUGCAAGUUGGAUGUACUUGUGGGGUUUGAUGUGGCUGCACAGAACAUCUUUGCUGCUCAGAAAACAUUAGAGACGAAGGUGGCUACUAUUCUCCAACGCAUUACCCAGAUGCAGCCCAUCAGCUGCACUUCUGGCCAGAUUCCCUUAAUACAAGUGGGCAUGCUAGCAAUGGACUCUGCCUCUGAACCAGUUCAACUGGACUUCACCAACAGAUACACAGAGCUUAUUGAGCCCUUCAAGGCCCUCCGAAACCGUGGACCUUUUGUUCUAAAUGGUGCCACAAUCAAAGCUUAUACUGAUAGAUUCAAGAGUCAGCCUUCAGAUAGUGUCAAGGUUGUGAUCCACUUAACUGAUGGAUUAGAUGCCCAGUAUAACAUCCUGAAAGAGCGAGUUGAACUGAUGCGUUCAGCUGGUGUCAGUAGUUUCAUUCUUGUUGCCCUGGAGAGAGUGCCACGAUUUGAGGAUGCAGUUCUCUUGGAAUUUGGCCGUGGAUUUAGGUACACACGACCUCUGCGUGUCAACCUCAUGGACUUGGAUUAUGAACUUUUGGAAGAACUGGAUAACAUUGCUGAGCGGGAAUGCUGUUCUGUUCCAUGCAAGUGUAAUGGCCAGAGAGGGGACAGAGGAGCUGUUGGUGUUCCUGGACCAAAGGGUCAAUCUGGUGGUCAAGGGUUGAGAGGACAUCCUGGUGAUGAAGGUGGUCCGGGAGAGAGAGGUCCACCUGGUGUAAAUGGAACUCAAGGAUUCCAAGGAUGUCCAGGUCAAAGAGGUGUUAAAGGAUCUCGAGGAUACAAUGGUGAAAAGGGUGAAAUUGGAGAGAUUGGUUUAGAUGGAAUCAAUGGAGAGGAGGGAACAAGUGGCAUUGCUGGCCCUCCAGGAGAUAGAGGAAACCCUGGCCAAAGGGGACCUAAAGGGGCAAAAGGCCAGGCAGGAGAUGUUGGUCAGACUGGAAUCCGUGGUGAUCCCGGCAUCCCAGGAACAGACAACAACCAGAGGGGACCAAAAGGUGAUUCAGGCGAUGCUGGCCCACCGGGAGAGCCAGGAGUGGACGGAAAUAAAGGAGGACCUGGUGAACCAGGCAGACGGGGCCCUGAUGGUAGAAGGGGGCCUCCUGGUCAAGCGGGUGCUCCUGGAAGGGCAGGAAGUGAUGGUUUACCAGGAGAGAUGGGAAUUGGAGGAUCUCGGGGUGCCGCUGGACCAAUUGGAGCACCUGGUAUAAGAGGAGAGGAUGGAAACCCUGGUCCAAGGGGGCCAGGAGGACAGCCAGGAACUGCUGGAGAAAAGGGUAGAAGAGGUGCCCUUGGCCGGAAGGGUGAACCAGGGGAGCCAGGACCUAAGGGUGUCGUUGGACCCCUGGGACCCCGUGGGGAGCCUGGUGAAGAUGGACAAGAUGGUUUUGGUAUAACUGGUCCCAAAGGACGAAAGGGUGAUGAAGGUUUCCCUGGUUUCCCUGGUCCAAAGGGUGAAGCAGGUGACCCUGGAUCAAAGGGAGGACCUGGACCUAGAGGAAACAAUGGCCAGAGAGGUACCUCAGGGGAACCUGGUGGACCUGGACAAAAGGGAGAUAUUGGAUACCCAGGGCCCUAUGGUCUAAAAGGAUCCAGAGGAACUGGUCCAGUGCAAUGUGAUCUGGUCAAGAAAAUUAGGGAUAACUGUCCCUGCUGCUAUGGUGCUCAGGAAUGUCCCCUAUACCCUACUGAGUUGGCCUUUGCCCUGGAUGCAUCAGAUGGUGUAUCACGCUCUGCUUUCAACAACAUGCGUGACACUGUUCUCCGCCUGGUCAGUGACAUCACUAUUGCUGAGAGCAACUGUCCCCGAGGUGCCCGUGUUGCUCUAGCACUUUACAACAAUGAGGUGACUACUGAGAUCCGCUUUGCAGAUACCCAGAAGAAGCGAUCACUUGUUGAGCGAGUUCAAGGCCUCCAGACUCAGCAGACCCGUAAGCAGCGCAGCUUGGAGACAGCCAUGAACUUCGUUGCACAGAACACAUUCAAGAGAGUUCGCAGUGGGUUCCUUGUGCGCAAGGUUGCUGUUUUCUUUGUCAAUGGCCCUGUUACAGUCGUUCAAGAAUUCAGUGCCGCUGCUUUGCGCCUCUACGAUGCAGGAAUUUCCUCUGUAUUCCUUCUUAACCGUGAAGAUCGCCAACUCACAAGAGCCUUGCAGCUUAACAACACUGCUUUAGCCCAAACUAUCGUCCUACCCUCACCUGGAAGUGCUGAAUACAACAAUGCCAUCAAGAAGAUCAUGACCUGCCAUAUCUGCCUGGAUUUCUGUGCCCCGGAUGAGAUGUGUAAUUAUGUCCCACAAAGUGGAUUCCGGGACCGGAGGGAUCCCACCACUGACUUGGACAUCGACAUGGUUUUUGUUCUUGAUAGUUCAGAGAGCACCUGGCCCUCCGUCUUCACAGAGAUAAAGCAAUAUGUGGCUCUAAUGAUAGAACAGCUAGAGAUGUCCCCUGAGCCAGCCAACACUACCCAUCAUGCUCGAGUAGCACUUGUUCAGCAUGCACCUUAUGAAUACUUGCACAAUGGCAGUGGCAUGCCCAUCAGCGUGACCUUUGGUUUGACAGAUCACAAGUCACCAAACAGUGUUCGAAGCUUUCUACUGGAUAAGGUGCACCAGCUUGAAGGAGGACGGGCCCUUGCAGAUGCUCUUGAAGGCACUGUUGAACAUGUGUUUGAGAAGGUGCCACAUCCCCGCCAUUUGAAGAUAUUAGUUAUUUUGGUGACUGGACCAGUUGAACUGCAUCAGGAGAGGAUAAUAAGGGCUGCCACUGAAGUUAAAUGCAAAGGAUACUUCAUAGUGGUGAUGGCAGUUGGAAAGCUGUUCAGUACAGGCGAUGUCCGUGUCUUGGCCCAAGUGGCAAGCGAGCCUUCAGAUGUAUUCUUUAAGAGGGUGGAUAGACCUUCAGGCUUCUAUGAUGACCAUAUUCAGACAUUUGCCAGACUGUUGCCCAAGUACCUUGGCCUUGAAAAUGCUUUCUACUUGUCACCUGAAGUCUCUAAGAAGUGUCAGUGGUAUCAAAGUGACCAGCCACACAAAUUUCCAUUCAGUUUGCCAAAAACAGAGGAGAAACACCAGAAGCAUCAUGGACAGCAGGAGGUUCAUGACAGAAAACAUAAAGAAACAGGUAUGGAGAAAAUGCAUCUGGUUAACGUCACCUCCAGCGGAUUCUCCCUGCAGUGGUUGAGUGGCGAUUCAAAGGCCACCCAUGAGGUUACUGUGACUCGUCUGAAGGAUCAUAGUCUGGUGCUGAGGAAAAAUGUGACCGGCAGCCAUCUCUCCAUUUCUGAGUUGGAGGCAGCCGAAACCUAUCACGUAGUGGUCAAUACUCACAGUUUCAAUGGUCAUGUUGCCAGCACCUACAAAGGCAUUGUUCCCACAAAAUCAGCACAUCUGAAGGUCCUUACUGUAAGUGACGUGAUGGGGAUUGUGCCCACUGCACCCUUGAGUAAACCAGAAACAAAAUCAGCAGAACAAAAAAUACUUAAUGCCAGUGAAAUGAUGGGGAUGAUGUCUACUGCACCCUUGAGUAAACCAGAAAUUAAAUCAGCAGAACAGAAGGUUCUUACUCCAAGAGAGGUGAUGGGGAUUGCACCCUCUGCACCCUUAAGUCAACCAGAAAUUAAAUCAGCAGAACAGAAGGUUCUUCUUCCAAGUGAAGUGAUAGGAAUUGCACCCUCUGCACCCUCAAGUAAAGCAGCCAUUAAAACAGCAGAACAGAAGGCUCCGAGUGAAGCAAUGGGGAUUGUGUCCUCUGCACCCUUAAGUAAACCAGAAAUAAUUAACAAUCCUAUGGACCCAUGUUCACUUGACUUUGACACUGGACUGCCAUGCAAAGAUUACCAAGCUAAGUGGUACUUUGACAGAAAGAAUGGAUUCUGUACACAGUUCUGGUAUGGAGGUUGUGGAGGAAAUGACAAUAGGUUUGAGACUGAGGCUGAUUGCCUCAAACACUGCAUGAAGCCAGUGGCUGAACCUAAAGCAAGUGAAGAGCAUGUCAAAGCUGUUCUCCCCCCAGCACCAGCUCCAGCUGCCCUGCACUCCAGUGUGGAUAUCUGCAAGCUACCAAAAGAAGAGGGAUCCUGUGCUAAAUUUGUGCUUAAAUGGCAUUAUGACCCGCUUAGUGGAAACUGUACCCGCUUCUGGUACGGAGGAUGCGGAGGGAACCAAAAUCGCUUUGAUACACAAGAUGAGUGUGAGAAGGCUUGUGGAAAAGCAGCACCUGUUAAACGAGGGAUCAUCGCUGCAGUUAACACAUAGGAAUUAAUGAAGACUGUAAGCUAACCGCUGACAACACUCAGAGGAUAUAGCACCUAAAACAAGAAGCACAGCCCCAGCCAAGAUGCCUGCACUGGAGCUUGCCAGAGGAUUGAUCCAAAGAAAACCUUGAAGUAGUAUUUUCCACAUAAGAAAAAAGCAGAACAAGAUUUUUUUGUUUCGUGCUGGUGCUACAUUCAGUGUUUUUUUUUUAAUGUUUUUUUUUCAUGUUUAUGUGGGUUUGAAUAAAACCCAUUGUAAAUGUCCAGGGCAAUUUUUUUUUAUGUUAUGCUGUUUUAAUCAUGUGGUUUGUGGAAAUAUCUUGCUCAAAACAUAUCAGUAAAUCUUUGUAGUUAUAAGACAAGUUCAUGACAAUUUAGUUUCAUUUUAGUACAUUUUGCUAAAUUACUGCAGUCCUCUUAAUAUGUUUUUUUUAACUGCUUGAGGAAGAAUUUUAAUUGCUCUUUCUGGUCAUACCGCUGGAGACUCUAAAAUCUCCAAACAAACGUUAUUUUGUUGUUUGAUACAAUGAACAUCAUCUGAAACCAAGAAAGUAAUUUCUUUAAAUAAAUAUGCAUUUUUGCAACCAUUGCCUUACACAAAAGGUUUGGUUUCAAAAAAGCAAUUGGAAUGUAUUUUUUAAACUGUUGUUUUGGGUUGUUUUUUUUUUUGUUUUUUU